AGGUUGGACAUCAUAUCUCAUGUUUAUAGAGUGGAUGAACAAUCGAGGAAAGCGUGUCUGAUUUUUCAUCUUGACUACAAACGUCAAUGAAACAGCCUCUUUAAAGUUAAAAUCAAGUGAAACAAAAGAAUACAACCUUCGGUUUAACAUGGCUACUAUGGAAAGUGACUUAGAAGAUGUUAUCUCUGACCCUGAUCUGGAGAAAUUACAUCCUCUAAUAUCUUAUCUCAUUUCUCGUUAUGUAAGAACCAACCCAGGGUCCACCAAUACAAAAUUGUUCUCAAUGUUGGCACUGCUGAAUGCUUACGUACCAGAUUCCUACCUGAUCAUGGAGGAGUGUCAAAAGAUUCUUGGACCACCUGAUCCCAUUCAUGGAGGUCCUCCCUUCAAGGUCAGAAUGGAGCCUUUUUCUGCGUACAUCAGUGUAUCUGGUCCAAGGGUUUGUCUAAUCAAUCCAGACAUUGCUAUGAGAUCUGUGAAGCUACUAGCUUACCUAAACGUAUACCGGAGUCAGAUAGCAAAAGACUGCAUAUUUAUGCUUUGUGGGGAAGGAGUUAAACAAAGCACUGUCCGAUUUAUCAAAGAUUUGCUCACAGAGAGAAUAAUAGGCCAGAAAGGCUUGGAAAAGUUUUCACUGCUAAUUAAAGAUAUAAUAGAAAAAGAGAAAUUUGCUCGAACUCUUGGUGUUCUUAAAAAGGCUUCUAACAAAUUCAAAGACAAGCACAUCUUUCCCCAAACAGUUGCUCGCUUGUAUUACAUAGGUGGAAAGUACCCCAACUAUAAAAAAGCUGAAGGAUGGGCUAAAGAAGCCAUCAAAAGAUCUCCAAACAACUCCUAUGCUGCUGACACCCUUGGACAGGUGUAUAAGAACCGUUUGUUGAGAAAAGCUAAAAAAACGAAUGAGGUGACUGAAAUGGCAGAAGAAGCCUUUAAAGCUUUCAAAGACGUAGAGGAAAAAGCCGAGAAAGAACUAGAUCGUGGGUGGAUUGAAUAUUAUGGUUCUGUGAACUUUUCAGAUUGGUUCAACAACCGAGGACAUUUUGGCUUGAUUCAAGUCGCCAAGAUACUCGCUGAGAAAUGCAAACAUCUUGAUGCUUUCAGAAACACCAAGCAGUUUGAGGUGGAAUUAAAGUUUGAGUUUUUUGAAUGGUAUCUAAGCUACUCCAUGAUAGACAGGCUAACUGCAGAGCCUGACUACUUCUGGAAAGAUGUUGCCCUUUGCUAUGAAGCAUACACAGCAAAACAUGCCUCUGAUUCCACCAGCUUUCCGGCUCUUUUGGACUGUUUGAAUCAUGGCCUCUUUGUGUCAAAGGAAAAACGAGCUUUCAAGGAUGCAGUUAAUGAGAAAACAGAGUCAGAUUUAAAGAGAAUACGAGAUGAAUUAAAGACCAUCUAUGAGAGAAACAAAGAUGAUGUGAAAGUGGCAGAGAGAUACAUCCUUUCAAACAUCAUCUUGAGCAACAAGGUUCCUCACUCUCCUUCACUCCCCCAGGUUAGAGAGCUCCAGUCAAUACUUGAGGGAUUCCUCCGAGGCGGGAUGCAUGGUAGAGGCCCAGAGUUUUAUCUCUUGGUCCUGCUGCUGUUUUGGCCAGAGGAAAACAUUGCUACAGGUAAAGAAAACAGCAAUGACAAGUUAGAAGAAGCAGAAAAAGACACACAUCAGCUUCAAGACCAUACUUCAAAGGAAGUGGACAUUAAUGAAGAAGAUACACGAGAGGAAUCUGUAAAGCCAUCUCUUGGUCUCAAAUUUGAUCCUGACCUGGAACAAUAUAUCAGCUCAAUCGAAAAAGCCUAUGAUGGAGUCUAUGGCAAGUACCUCCGUGGUCGUUAUCUGUUGCCGCUGUUUUUUCUAGGAAAGGGCUCUGGACUUAGCAGAUGGAUCCAUAAGUCUAAACUGGAUGAAAUUGUUGAAGGGCAUGUAGAAACUCAGCUUGAUAAUGUCCGAAGUGACUCAAAUAGAAACAAAACAAAAAGAAGGAUGAUCAAUGAUAUUUGGAGCAGUGGGAAGGUGUGGGAGCUGAAAGAAACUCAAAAUAUACUUCUGCCAAUUCAAAAUGAGACUUCAACAAUGCAGCAGAGUCAAGAAAAAGAGUUCCUAGUGCGUUAUCUUGGCUUUAACAUCAGGGGACCUGUCAUCUUCCCAGAGGAAGCUCAAUUAAAUACCUUUAAAUUUAAUUGAAGAUGUCAUAGAGUUUCUGUACAAUGUUUAGUACUGCUUGUGGGACUGAAAGCAGCCCAGAUCUCAUCUGAUAUAAUGGAUUUUAAAAUUGGGCAUUGUGCAAAUAUUUUGAUGAAACACCUAAUUAAUGUAACUUAUGGUUAUCGUGGAUAUGUCUGUCUGUCUGUCACGCUUCAGAGUAUGGCAUCAAUAUCAAAUAUCUUAGAUCCUCUAUUAUUUUCCAAAAUGCAUUAUUGUCUGUCUUUAUUCUUCCUUCUGUCAUUUUACAAACAUACUUUGUGAAUGCAUAGUGAACUGGUGUAGGCUGUCAUUUAAAUAAAAGAUCAUCGAUAAAAAACUUAUGCUACAUUCACACAGAAUGCAAUUUGAGUAGCAGUAGCAGUCAUAUUACAUGCGAAGUCUAUGAUUGAUGUGCACCAAUAUGCAUCCAAAGGUCCUGCGACGCAUUACGGGCAGCCGAAGCAACCCAUCUAGAAGCAUUUGAGCAGCUGAAGCAGUGCCUAGAAGCUGGCAGGGAGAGGAAAACAGCACUGCUCAUUUAGAGCUGUAAACAUAAAACCAUAAAAGGGGUAGAACUCUAUUAGGUUUACAUAAAAGGCAAGGAGGAUUGUGUUCCCAUGUACAAAAAAAGUAAUUGCUAUGAUCAAUCCACUGAAACAGGUUAUUAAUGCUGAAAUUAAAAUGUUAAAAUCUGCUAACAAGGUAUGUCUGCUUUUAUUAUUCUGGUGCCUGGCAGUUUGCAAUACAUACCUAAAAAAAAUCUACUUCUGGCCACAAGAGGAGGCCAGAGAAGUAGACACUGGGAGUUUCCAAUCAAUAUGUUACUAAGUAAAAACAGGGGCAGUAUUUCAGAUAUCUAUAUGAUAACAAUAGUUUUUACAUUUAAGCUUGCUGUAUCAUGAAACUUUGACCUUUCUGUGUUUUGGUGAUUUUUAUUUUAUCAUUACAAUUGAAUAAUGAUAAUAUUAAUAAUGUUCAUGGUGGUUUUUUUUUUUUUUUCUUAAUUCACCUCUUAUAUUAUGUCUUUCGGUCGGUCUGUAAUAUUGGUUGUAUUGUGUGCACUUGCCUUUUGCUUUAAUUCUAUACAUGUCCUGGGAAAAAUAAAG